AUGGGGGUUCAGGCACGUCACAGUAUAUGGCUGCAGAACAUCCAAAGCAUCAGCCCUGUGUCUGUGCCUGCAGAGGAAGCUGAGGUGCCUGCGGAAGAUACUGAAUUCAAGGAGCUGGUGCCUGAAGUCGAGCCAGAUGCAAUGGAUAGCCACAAGGUGGGUGCGGCGGUUGUCAAGAUCUUUGUGACGCGCCAGAGGCCUGCGAUGGUCGUGCCAUGGCAGACGCAGCAGGUGGAGUCCACUAGCGGAAGUGGAACAUUCAUCAUGCGUCGGCGUGGUCUGGUCAACCACUUGAGUGGUCUGCUGGAGGAACCGGAUCCUCUCGAGCCGCCGUACUUGCACUUUACAGACGUGGAGCAGGCAGUGGAGGACUUUGAAGGGGACUUGGUUUUGACUGCGGCUCACGUUAUUGCCGAUGCGCGGGACAUCCGUGUCCAGCUCUUGGCCUCCCCCGGAGCAUCACCUGACAAAUUCGUUGCUCGUGUGGUUGCUGUGGCCCACGACUGUGACCUGGCAUUGUUGGAGGUGGUCGACAGCCGCUGUUUCGAAGGUGCCACGCCGAUGCCCCUGAUGAAGCCACAGGAGAUGCUGCCAAUGCAAGCACGCGUCCAGGUGAUGGGCUUCCCCAUCGGUGGAGACUACCUCAGCAUCACGGAGGGCGUUCUCUCAAGAAUAGAGGUGGUGGACUACUCGCACAGCCGUCGCUCCUGUUUGGCAAUGACAGUGGAUGCCGCCAUCAAC